CCGCACCAAUAUGGCCGCCGCCCUCCGGUGAGUGCCGCAGCCGCGAGCCGGCAGUUGCUGGGCAUGCUCCCUGAGUGCCCCGCACCAGCAUGGCGGCCGUCUUCACGGGGGUGACUUUAAUUCUCGGUUUUCGGUUAUAGCCGGCCGGUGCUUCUUUUUCUUCAGAAAGCUCUGAGCGCCUGGUGGAACCGGGGAAAGGGAGGGUGUCCGGGGGUGAAAGGUGAGACCCCCUCAGGCAUCCGGACCGGCUCCUGGCGGGAGGAAGAUGGCUGAGGGUGAGCGGCAGUCGCCGCCAGAUUCCUCGGAGGAUAUCCCUCCAGCCACUCAGAACUUCAUCAUUCCGAAAAAGGAGAUCCACACAGUUCCAGAUAUGGGCAAAUGGAAGCGUUCUCAGGCAUACGCUGACUACAUCGGAUUCAUCCUCACCCUCAAUGAAGGUGUGAAGGGAAAGAAGCUGACCUUUGAGUACAAAGUCUCUGAGGCCAUUGAGAAACUGGUCGCCCUCCUCAACACACUGGACAGGUGGAUUGAUGAGAUCCCUCCGGUGGACCAGCCCUCUCGAUUUGGGAACAAGGCCUACAGGACUUGGUAUGCCAAACUCGACGAGGAAGCAGAAAACUUGGUGGCCACAGUGGUCCCCACCUGUCUGGCAGCUGCUGUGCCUGAGGUGGCCGUUUACCUAAAGGAGUCAGUGGGGAACUCCACACGCAUCGACUAUGGCACAGGACAUGAAGCAGCCUUUGCUGCUUUCCUCUGCUGCCUCUGUAAGAUUGGGGUGCUCCGGGUAGAUGACCAAAUAGCUAUUGUCUUCAAGGUGUUCAAUCGGUACCUCGAGGUUAUGCGGAAACUCCAGAAAACAUACAGGAUGGAGCCGGCGGGCAGCCAGGGAGUGUGGGGCCUGGACGACUUUCAGUUUCUGCCCUUCAUCUGGGGCAGUUCACAGCUGAUAGACCACCCGUUUUUGGAGCCAAGGCACUUUGUUGAUGAGAAGGCUGUGAAUGAGAACCACAAGGACUACAUGUUCCUGGAAUGUAUCCUGUUUAUCACUGAGAUGAAGACAGGCCCCUUUGCAGAGCACUCCAACCAGUUAUGGAACAUCAGUGCUGUCCCCUCCUGGUCCAAAGUGAACCAGGGUCUGAUCCGCAUGUAUAAGGCCGAGUGCCUGGAGAAGUUUCCUGUGAUCCAGCACUUCAAGUUUGGGAGCCUGCUGCCCAUCCAUCCAGUCACCUCAUGCUAGGGACUGAGAAGCCAGGGCCACCCAGGCCACAAUGCCUAUGCCUACCCUCCCUUGCCCCAGCUCCAGUUAUUUCCUGCCCCCUCCCUCUGUUCUUUCUGUUUGCUGAGAGGCUGUCUGCUGGGGUCGGUGGUGAGCUUGGGGUUGAGGGAGGCUCAGGGCAUAAGGCUGAAGGAGCCAAAGUGAAGGGAGAAGUGACCAAAGUGGGGCCCGUUUCCCCUGGCUGGCGGAUAUGCUCGGGCCCCAGUCCUGCACUUGGCCUUCCUCUCCUCUCUCCUGUCUAGUCCCACCUGAGACCUGAGCUGGUCUGCACCCCUGGGAGGGGGAGGGUUUUGUGGUUUCCAUUGCUUUCCUUUCCUGGGUCCUGUUGCCUUUUUAGGGGUUGGAGCAGUUGCUCCCGUGGGGCGGGUCAGUUUCCUAAGCCACGUGUGGGUGGGUAUCUGGGGGUUCUCAAGUCUGGGAUUGAGGCUGGUGGCCAGCCUGGGGUGGGAUCGGGGACCGAGAAGCAUUGGCUAUUCUGGCCUGUGACCCUCCCAGCUUCUUUACAUGGCUGCCCCCCCCCCCAGACCUGCUGGCCCCUGUGUCCAGUGCCUCAUCCUGGCUUUUCUGUUCUUUGGCCUUUGGCUUUGCUGGGUUUCCUGGCCGUAGCCUCUCCUGUCCUCCUCUACAAGGGUAGCCUCUGGAAGCUGCCCUUUGGGUAGGCACUCAGUACAGGGCUUAUCCUCUAGCUGAUUGGGUGAGGCCUGCCUUUCCAAAGUUUCUCAGGCUGGCAGGGGGUGGCAGAGACUUGGGGCCCUGCUGUGGUUGUAGGGAACCUAGAUUCCUCUAAAAUCUUAUGGUUCUGUUCCCCCCUCCACCCCCACCCUGGUGCUUGCUUCUCCAGGGCCCUUUACCCCUAUUGCCCUGCUCUUCAGGGCAGUGGUUCAGGGGCCGCUGGAGCACUCAGCAAGCCCCUCCUUGUCUUCCCUUCUCCCUGAACUCACCCACUGGCUCUCUAAGAUUAGGCAGUGAUACCCCCCACCUCCCGCCCCGAAAAUGGGCAGGGGCUGAGCUGGGGGUGGGGUUGCAGGUGUGCCAGUUCCUGAGUUUCCUUCUAGGGCUGCCUUUGGGCCAAGCUCUUGCCAGCUUUCCCUGGCCCAAACCCAGGCCUGCCCUCCUUCACUACCCCCACCCUCUAUCUGGGUCCACAUCCCCUUUGGGAAGGGGGAGCUCCCGAGAAGCACAAUUCAGGGGCUUGACCCUCAUACCUGGGCUGAUGGCCUGGGCAGAAGCCAGGAGAGGAACCACUAGAAUCACAGAAAUCGUUUUCCUAGGAGAGGCCCAGUGCUGGCCUCCCUUGCAGGGUCCAGACCACCACCUUCUUGGCUUCUCUUGCCCUGCCCCCCCAGAGUCCCCCCAGCCCCAUGCACCUUCAUUGCUGUUUGGAUUAAAGCCUCUGUUUUGCACCUGUCA